AUCAGCGAGAGAGAGGAAAAAAAACAUAACACACAGCAAGUGCAGAUUGUUCAGAAGCUGAAGAUCAGCGGUUUGCGUGCAGUCGUGGACCGUUGCUCACAUAUAUGCAGAGCCAAAAGGACGAGGAAGAAGAGAGAGCGAGUGCAUUUAGGAGUCUUGGAGCAGCGGAUAAAAUAAUAACACAGUGCAGCAGAGAGACAACAAUGGAGGCCUGCACUGCCGUCGAGCGCGAAGUCGACAAGGUCCUUUCCAAAUUUGGGGCGAUCAACGAUCACGCGGACACGACUCUCAGGGAUCUUGUCAAUCACAUAGAGUCGUUAAAAAAAGAACUUGAGGAAGCACCACCAGAUCAUGAACUGACGUCGGAGCAAUUGCAAAUCUUGAAGCAAGCAAUGACCAAAGCAAGGGAUACAGUUCACAGAUUGGCAACAGAUCAUCGGGAGUUGCACAGUACGGUUUCCAAGGUAGGAAAAGCAAUAGACAGAAAUUUUAUAGCAGACUUUGCCAGCACAAGUAGAGAGGAUGUCUUCUCUGGGGCAGAAAAAACACAUCUACUCAAUCAGGUCAUUUGUCAGCACUUUUAUCGCCAAGGAAUGCUGGACAUUGCCGAUGAGUUGGCUGCAGAAGCUGGAAUCAAGACUGACGAGGGUAGAAAAGAACCAUUCACGGAAUUAAAUCACAUACUCGAUUGCCUGAAGCAAAAAAAUUUAGAACCAGCUUUGGAAUGGGCAUCAAAGCACCGAGAAGCACUCAUUGCACAAAAUUCUUCCUUAGAAUUCAAAUUACAUAGGUUACAAUUUAUCAGAUUGGUACAGCAAGGACCAAGUAAGCAAAGGGAAGCAAUAGACUAUGCGCGAAAACAUUUGACACAAUUUGUCAGUAGACACGAAAAAGAAGUUCAAUCUCUCAUGGGUACACUACUGUACCUACCAAACGGAAUUCAAUUAUCUCCUUACAGUCAUUUACUAGAUCCCACUCUGUGGCUGGAUAUUCAUGAUGUUUUUACAAAGGAAGCGUGCACGCUAUUAGGACUAAGCGUCGAUAGUCCGUUAUCCGUGUGCAUAACAGCUGGAAUCACGGCGCUUCCUGCUUUACUGAAUAUAAAACAAGUUAUGCAACAACGACAAGUGUCUGGCAUCUGGAGUGGAAAAGACGAACUUCCUGUAAGACAAUCUCUAGCGAUUGAAAUUGAUUUGGGAAAACAAGGGCGCUACCACUCUGUAUUUGCAUGUCCAAUCUUGAGACAGCAGAGCACGGAAAAUAAUCCACCAAUGAAGCUUGUUUGCGGUCACGUUAUUUCACGUGAUGCUUUGAAUAAAUUGACCAACGCCAACAAAAAAUUCACUUCCAGGUUGAAAUGCCCAUACUGCCCGGUGGAUCAAAAUCCAGAAGACGCUAGGCUCAUUUACUUCUAAUUGUGAUAGCAAAGGAACACAUAUUUGUACGAUACUUUACAAGUAUAUAUUCCUUCCAUGACUAGUAUUAGGUUUUUAUUAUUACGGUGCGAACUGAAAAAGCAUGAUUUUGGCCCUUUAUAAACUAUUUUUAUACUUACAUGUCUGAUUUUUUUAAUUUCUGUUUUGGCAGGUUGGGUUUACAAUAGCGAGAAAAAAAAACCAAAAAUUUCGAGAAGUUUAUGUAUAGAUGAUGCCGUAUAAAUACAGUUUUAGAUAAAUUUUCAUCGAAAAAAAAAAAAACUACUUUAUUUCAUAAAGUUUUACAAGCGUAUGA